GCUACAGCCGUUCCAAAGUCACUAUUAUGCUGCCGUCCAGCUUGCCUAGAAUCUCCAGCUCCAACGUUUCAGCUCGUACAUUGUUGAAGUUGGCUGUUGCUCCAACAACCCUACGCAUACAGCAAGCUCACUAUACAACAAACAACAAAACGGACACUAAUGAAGCCGAGGCACCGAAUCUUAGUUCUCGAAAGUUGACUCAAGAGGAAUUGGAGUUUAUCAAGCCCAUGAUACGCGUUGAUCAGGCUGGUGAGAUCGGAGCCAAUUUUAUCUAUAUGGGCCAAAUAGCUGUUCUCGGCAAGGACAAGAAUUUAAGACCUAUUCUACAGGAAAUGUGGGACCAGGAGAAGGUACACUUGGCUAGGUUUGAUGAAUUAAUCGCACAGCAUCGCGUUCGCCCAACACUUUUGCGGCCAUUGUGGGAAAUUGCUGGAUUUGCAGUUGGUGCUGGUACUGCCCUCAUGGGCAAGGAGGCUGCUAUGGCAUGUACUGAGGCUGUAGAAACCGUCAUUGGAGACCAUUACAACGAUCAAUUGAGAAAGUUAGUACAACUCAAUGAUCAAAACAAAGACUUGGUGGACUUGAGUAAGACUGUUCAACAAUUCAGAGAUGACGAACUGGAACACCAUGAUAUUGCAGUAGAGAUGGAUGCGCAAAAGGCGCCAUUCCACAGUGUCCUGUCAAGUGUAAUUAAACAAGGAUGUAAAACUGCCAUAUGGGUGGCCGAGCGAGUGUAACGCGCUGCAUACUGACGUCAAAAAGCCCCAAUUUUACACCUCUUAGUAGAAGUGACAUCUUCCUCUCCUUUCCCCACUCAUUCUUCAAAUUUGUCAUCUUAUUUCAUAUUGAUCUGUAUAAUCAGAGACCGUGGAU